UUCUUUUCCCCCACACCCCAACCAACAUUUUUCAUUUUCCUCCCAACCCAAAACCCUAACUACUAAGUAACUCGUCUCCCUAGCAGGCGUAGCAGCGACCCAAACUCCCAAAGUCACAUCUGCGAUCUGCCACUGACCAGCCGGCAGCGACGCUGCGACGACGGCCCACGGCCAAUCCCCACCGCGACGGCGACCAGCACGGCAGCACCCAUCAGGCAGUUCGCACUUCGCAAGUAAUUCAUUCAUUCAACUAUUUGAGAGAAAGGGCAAAAUGGGAUGGAAAGCAGCUCAAAAACUCAUCAGGAAUUGGAAGAUUGUCAGAGGAGACAAUGUGAUGAUAAUUAGGGGUAAAGAUAAAGGCGAAACGGGUACAGUUAAGCGUGUCGUUCGAUCUCAGAAUCGUGUCUUAAUUGAAGGAAAAAAUCUUGUCAAAAAACACAUAAAACAAGGGCAAGGUCAUGAAGGUGGCAUUUUUACAGUUGAAGCUCCACUGCACGUUUCAAAUGUGCAAAUUGUUGAUCCAGUUACGGGAAAACCUUGCAAGGUAGGGAUUAGAUAUCAAGAGGAUGGUACAAAGGUUCGAAUCUCAAGGGGUAUAGGAGCAUCAGGGUCCAUAAUCCCUCGCCCUGAGAUUUUGAAGAUAAGGACCACGCCAAGACCUACUGCUCCUGGUCCUAAAGAUACCCCGUUGGACCUUGUCCUGGAGGAGACAUAUAAUCCUAAAACUGGAAAGGGAAUGCCAGAUCUAUAAGUGGUUGAAUAUGUAGGUGGUUUAGAUGGAAAAAGCAUUGGCUCAAGGACUUGCUGACUGCGAAGUUGAUAUUUUCAUAUGUUGAUGCAGUAGUUUUCUCCACCUGAUAUAAUGCGUCAUGGUGGUUAGUUCUAAUAACGCCUUGUGGUGAUUAAUUUUGUGUAGCUUGUGUAUGCUAAAAAAGAUUGUGCAAGUGAUCUGUUUCUUUGCAGAGUGAGCAAUUGUGUUGUGUUUUUUGUUUGAGCAUUUGCCCAAAUGCUAAAAUAUGCAGUAACUGGGAUAUCUUAGAAACAGAACGGAUAUAUAGUGUUUUUUUCCCCCUUUUUUUUAUUAUCUUCUGGGAGUAGGGGUUUGCAGGGUGAAGCUUAGUAGUGGAAGAUUUUUGUUUAUGACAAUUAACAACCUACAGUUUCUUGUUUUGCUUUUA